CGUCUUCCGAUCCGGCAGUACCGCGAUCAGAUAUUCUACUGUCUCGAACACUACCAAACGUUGGUGCUGGUCGGCGAAACCGGUUCCGGCAAGAGCACACAGGUACCGCAGACUGUGGCCGUUGUGGUUUAGAAUUUGCUACUCUCCAACCCCGAAUCGAACCGCGAAACGUAACGUACCCAAAAGAAGUACCAAGUACCUAGACUUUCCCCAGUACCAGUACCGUAAAGGCCUUCUUUCCGCACCAUCGGAAGUGACAAAUUGUUGAAAGAAAUUUAUCCCGUUUAGAAUUGUGUAUCGUAAGCAACCAUGGUGGGUCCCAGUUCGCAAAUCAGCAAACUGCUGCUGACAUUGCUGUUCCUGUUGGUAAUCUUCUUCGUAUGGAUGGACGUGAAUCUGUACAUACGCAUCCAGGACUAUCCGAUCCGGGACAACGAGAUUCGGCUGAUCAAUGGAAGCACGGUGCUGAAACCCACGCUGCCAGUUACGUCGCCCUAUGCUACGUCUUCGGUGCCUUACCGGCAACCGCUAGUGGCAGCCCGUUACGAAGAUGUGGCGUGGGUGUCGUGCGAUUUAAAUCCACUCUGCGAUGUAACGGUGAAGGCAAUGAUGUUGGAUCACACCAAUCACUAUCUGUUCGCCCCGAUGGCAACCGUUGCAGACAAUUUGGCUGGAUUCUCGAAAGGGGAGCUGAUUACGCCGAACAUGAUAUCGUUUUUCCACGUGUUUGUCGCCAUCGCGUCCGGUAGGAUGAUUGCAUCGGAUUCGCUCGGUUACAGGAGAAUCGGUGUGAUUCUGUUCCAGUUCCGUACGUUCCUGGACGAUUUGGAUGGACAUGUGGCUCGUGCAAAGAAGCACAUCCGCGGAGAACGGUCGGACAUUGGUUCGGCCGGAUACUAUAUUGAUGGCAUCUGUGAUGGCUUGGGUUGCAUCGCCCUGAUGAUUGGCGUUUUUAUUUUCCUGAAGAAUAAUCCUCCGCGGAGAGGCUACACUCAGCUGCAGUCCAUCAUUCCGGUGUCCGAGGCGAAAAAUUCCGAAUCGGGCGUCAUCUACAAAGUGAAAGUAACAACGAAGAAAGUGGUGCGGAAGGUUCUGUGCUACAGUGGAAUCCUGCUGUUGAGUUCCACCGGAUGGAACCGAUACAUUGCCAUCUACCAGGACAUGCUGGAACGGGAGGACGUCACUCCGACCCAGUUUCUCCACCAGGAGUCUGUGUUCCGAUCGACGGGAUUCUUCUUCAUCUGCUGGCUGUGGCGAAUCUUCAACGUCCACGCGCUGCUUCACUUCCUGCUGCUGAGCAUCUUCUGUGAUAAACUAUGGGAGUACCUGCGUAUGAUCCAGUACGCCGGCUUUGUUACGCUGCUGGUCAUCAUCAGUGUGGCCGAAAUGCACCUGCUUGGGGUGCAAAAUUUUAUCUAUAAAUCACUGACUGGUAACAAUACAUCGUUGUGAUUAAAUUAAGGUUUAGAGAUUACAAACUUUCAGCGUCCUGAAGAAAAACUCCCCCCAACGUCCCACUUAUUAUCAUACAUACAAUUCGUUAGUAACAUUUUUUUACACUCACAAACAACUGCAUAUUGUAUAAUUAGGGAAAAGAAGUGACCGCGAAGCAAAGCCUUAGAAGUUAGUGCGCGCGCGAUUGUGUCAGAGACACAGCGGAAGUCCGCGGAGAAUGGAGAGGGAAAUUAAAUUUGUCCUUGCAGCACGUGUCGCAUCCAUUACUCCCAUAUUACUAUUGUACACAGUCCACGCGAGUCUAUACAUAUACGUUUGAUCGUUGAUUUUUUUAUUGGCGGAUUAACACCGUACCGAGAGUCGCAGAACUAUAUUAUAUAUAUAUUUAGAAGAGGAAAAAUCAAACGAAGCGCAAUCUUCAAUCAAAUAGAAAGAAAAGGAAAUUACAAAAAAAAAAACAAUAAAGAGAUGAAACUAUGUUUAGUGUUGGAAAAUCACGAACACACACACUUUUUCUAAUGGUAGUUUUUAAGGCAGAGAAAGAUGUGAAAUAGCUCUAUAUUUAGAAUGUAGUAUAUAUUACUUAUAUAACUAAAGCAACGGAACGAAAACAAUAUCAGAAUCGAUGAUCAAGUGAGACGGGCGUAGCCAUCUGUGUUUUGUCCGCGGUCUUAGCCACACGCCAGUUUUACGUAGUUUGAAGAGAUUAGAGAGAGAGAGAGAAAGAGAAAUAUAUAA